AAAAUAAUAAUAAGACGCGGGUUACAAGCAGAUGUGAGGAAUUAGGCAGAUUAGUCAAGCUGAAGAAAGAUAGAUAAAAUUUAAGAGAAAAAGUGAGCAAAAUAUACUCAUACAUGUAAUCACUUGUUUUCUGCAAAAAGGAAGUUAACACAGACUAGAACACGUAAAAGAAUUACACAACAUUUAUCAGAUAUAAACACAAAGAUAUAUUCUUUCUCUACUGAAAUACAAAGAAGGAAUCAAAAAUUACAUAUAUACAUAUAAUAGAAAUUACUAGAGUCGGAAAUUAAUCAACUUACCUAUACACACAUAAAAUACCAGUCAGUUUGCAUUGUUUUCGGUCAGUGUGAUUAAAAAAUGUUAACAGACGAAGAAAUUAAACAAAAGCAGGCACGCAUAAAAGAGAAUCGUGAAUUAAGAAGAGCACUUGUCGAUGAACGGCAUAUGUAUCUUGUAGCAAUACUGGAAAGAUAUUUUGGAAGUGACGCAAACACAAUAUGCGAUUGGCUGUUAGACACUAAUCAACUGGAAGCUAUGCAAGACUUUUUAGCUAAGGGGAAAAAUAAAGCCCUGUUUGUUACCCAAACUGAUCUUGGCUAUAUGAAUCCUAAAUCCAAAGACACAUUUCGAAUUUUAAAGAAACCAAGCAAAGGUGUCAAGCGUUUAUACUUCCACUCGGGAACAUUUGCAUUCUCGUCUGAUACUGUAGUCUUCCUUCGUUAUGAAAACAAAUAUGAAAUCACAAUGAAAAAUAUAGCCAAUGAUGUUUUUACAAUGAAGUAUGAUGUACGUGAGGGCUUUUUAACUCCAUUCAAAGAUUGCGUGGAAUCACUUUUCUAUCCAGCUUUAUCAGUACAAGAUUCGUAUUUGGGCAAUUUAUCCAAAGAGGAACAAUAUGCCUACAAUGAUUUUGUUAAGGCCUAUGUUAGAAGUUUAACUACUAUAAUUGCAUGUUCAAAAGAGCAAGUUGUCUUGGAGCCAUCUAAAUUACCAGAUAAUCUACAAAAUGCAGAUGCAGAUUAUCUAAUACAAAUGAGUACACAUCCAGAUGUAUUGAAUCAUCUUGAAGAAAAUGCAUCAUAUUGGAUGAAACAAAUUGAAAAGGAGGUUAAAGAAGUUGAACUAUUGCGUGUAGAACGAGAACAUAAUGGCCCACAUGGAGAGUUCGAUUUCUGGAAGUGUCGAAUGACGCGAAUGAAUUCUCUGGUUAGUCAACUACGACGAACAGAUAUAAGCAAUGUGUUAGCAGCAUUGAAACACGCACGUUCCAAAGCUUUGGAUAAAUGGAUUGAAUUAGACAAAAAGGUGACAAAUGCAUACAAUGAAGCAAAAGAAAAUGUGAAGUUCCUAUCCACAGUCGAAAAAUUAUGCACCCCAUUGAAUCAUACAGAUUUAGAUCUGAUGAAGAAGAAAAUGCCCAAUUUACUAAAAGCGUUAGCACUUAUAUAUCAGCAUUCAACGUUUUACAAUACAUUCUCACAUAUGACUAUUUUAUUCGUUAAGAUUUCGAAUCAAAUAAUUUCAACUUUCAAAUCUUAUUUAACAAUGCAUCAUACAAAAUCGAUUUGGGAUCAGGAUAGUAAAGAGAUUGUCAGUAAAAUGGAAAAAUGCAUUGAAUUAAAUCUCUCCUAUCAAGAGGCUUAUAAGCGGACAAGACAAGAAAUGAAUGAUGCUAAUGCGAAUCGCAUGUUCAACUUCUCUGAAGUACAAAUAUUUGGCAAUAUAAAUUUAUUCACACAAAGAUUAGGCUAUCUAAUACGUGUUAUAAAAACUUUAGAAGAAUAUUCAUCCCUACGUGAUUUUGUUCUUGAAGGCAAAGAUGUAAUCAUAUCAAAACUGGAUCGUAUUCACUCGAAUAUUAUUUCUAAGAAGUAUAAUUACCUUGACCAACGUAAUCAGCAGUUUGAAAGUGACUAUGAAGAUUUUAAAAAUAAAAUAUCUGAUUUGCAUGGUCAAUUAUUAUCAACUAUAAAUGCAUACUUUAAGAAACCAGCCGAUCUGCUUGCACGAAUUAAACUACAAGAACGCUUAGAAACACUCAACAUAGCUGAACUGGAACAUGCUGAAAGAUAUAAAAGUAUUUGUACAAGUUUAAAGAAUGAAAUUAGUAAUAUUUCACGUUUAUUUAAAAAUGGACUGAAUGAUCCAAGUUUAGAAAGAAAUAUGCCACCGUUUGCAGGACGAAUAGCUUGGGCACGUUCAUUUUAUUAUCGUCUUGAAGAACCAAUGAAUUCUAUAUGUAAACGUGCACCAAAAGUUUUGCUUACAGAAAGUGGACAAGAACUAGUGCGUGCCUAUAAUGAGGUGACAAGUACACUGGUCAGUUAUGAAAUUACCGUCUAUCAGACAUGGGUUAAACUGUUAACCAAAAAGAUGACUGGGCUUAUGUCGUCUGUGAUUGUAUUUUCAAAAGAACCAGAACCAUUCGGUAGACCCUAUGUGAAUUUAGAUCCUGAUAUUGUUGGAGUCUUGCAUGAAAUUGAAUGUUUGGAUGAAUUUCAAUGUCCUCUUGUUAAAAUGGCUGAAGAUUUCUGGUAUAAAUCUAAAAAACUGAAACAAAACUAUGAAAUGUUGAAAUUAAUGUGUAAUGAAUACGCGCGUAUAACAAAAAUGAUUCCACAAAAUGUUGAACAAUUACUGUUGCCUACAAUUCAAAUUAUUUUAAAAACCAUAGAGCCUGGUAUAGUAUUGCACAACUGGACCAGCGUUAAUCUGAAAUCUUAUACAGAGUCAGUGUUAAAAGAAUUAUACCGCUUAGAAAGAAUAUUAAUCCAGUCGAAUGAAAUACUUGAAUAUCGUAUAAUGCAUGUCAUCAAACGUAUAGCCCAGUUGGAAAUGAUCACUCUACCGGAUGAUCCUAAUUCACCAUUGGAAAUGAUGGAAUUGGUGCGUCAAACAAAACAACAAUGCAAGAAAGCUGCUGAGGAGAUUGACUCGCUGAGUUUAAGCGUUAUGAAAUCGGCUACAGAUUAUAUUGAUGCUUUACUAGUCGAUUUUGAAGCAUACAUUACACGAAACAAUAUGCGGACACAAGUUUUAGAAGAGCUGAGAAUAAAGCAUCUGCUUACUGAAGGUACACAGGAACAAGGCGGUAAAAUUGAAACGCGUAAACCAGUAAUCAGCAUAUCUGAGGAUGAAGAAAAGGCUAAAAAAGAAAAAGAAGUACCUGGCGAAGAUACAUCUAUUUUACCCCAAGAUGAAAAUUUUCCCGAACCACAGGAGACAAUGUCCCAGCAAGAACAGCAAGCAACGUCAACCUCUGUCCGGUUGAGCCCUAUUAAGCAGGCUAGCUUAAGACUGGCAGUACAAAUUGCCUAUUCUGCAGAUGAAGUGAAAACACAGUUAGGUCAACAGACUACAGAUGCUGUUUGUCAAGCUGUUCGUUCAGCAUUAGAUAAAUUAUGGAAUAUUAUGGCAACUCGAGAGGCUUCAAUGGCACUUAAAGAUGUUCCAGUUGGGAAAACUGUCAAGUUCACUUCAGAAAAACCAAUUCCUCUGGUCCGGUGUUACAUACGUAUAAUUGGGCAUACACUGGAUGUCAGUCCAAGACCGACUGAUAUUCAAGCCGCCUUGAAAGCUAUGGUCAAUACAGCAGAAACCUGUACUAAAGGCAUAAUAUCCUGGGGUAAAGAAGGACAUUAUGGUACAUCGAAAAGGCGUAGUUCAGUGACCAUUGAAGACACUGAAGCUGGACAUGCUAAAGUAAAGCCAAAAGUGAAUAAAACACAACGCAGUGCAAGUCAGUCACAAUCGGUUGGAUCUCGUCAGGAACAGCUUAGAAUCCCUCUAUCUCCUCCUGUACAAGAUACGGAUGCCGGUAGCAGUGUUGGUUCCCAAGCAUCAGGAAUUCAGAGGAAAUCUGAAACAGGAGUCUUUCAAACAACCUCAGAUGAAGAAGCAGCAGCAAUUCCUAUUCAACGGAUGAGUGUUGGAGGUGGAAGUGUAGGACAACCAGCUGCACAAUUACUAGCUUCCAGUGGAGCAAUGGGUACAAGUGGUUCUUUGUGUGGCAGUUCAGGGACAACUACAUCCAUUGAAGGUGAAACAACAAAAAAGUCGGGGAAGAUGUCGAUUGUUUACGAUAUUCGAGGAUUAAUGCCAUCGGAUUUGCAUGAACGAACAAACAACUGUUAUCGUGAUGUACACAGUGAUCGUGAAGUGUAUCGGCUACGGACAUUUCUGCUUAGUAGUAUGUUGCAGAUGAAAAAAAUUCUCUUUUGCCCCGAUGGCACUAUUUAUGAAGUUGACAGUCUAACUUCCUACCUUGAUCGCUAUACACAUUUAUGGAAAAAAGACAUGAAUCUGGAAGUGGAAGAGUUUUUGAAUUCUUCGCCAACUAUGCAUGAUUUUUAUGCAAAAUUUGAAGAACUUGAUUCUUUUAGUCGUCAACUAGCCGAAGAACCAAAUCAUUAUGUUGUCGGAGCAAUUUAUAUAUCAACUGAAGACUUUAAAAGUACAAUAAACGGUUUUCUCAAUCAGUUAAAACAAUCUUAUGUUAAGGCAUUCAUUGAGCGUUAUAUAAAUCCAGUUGAAAAUGUCAGUGCUGUUCUGGAGGAAUGGGAACGCAAUCUACAAAGGAAUAUCAAUACUUUAGAUGAUAUUGCCUUCAUUAUGGACACAUUCAGGACAAUUCGAGAGAAGGAAAUCGAUACAGAAAGGGAGUUGAUUCAGUGUGAAGAGGCGAAUGCUCUCCUGGGUAGAUUUGAUUUACCAUAUCCCAAAGAUGUUGGUGAUCGUGUUGAAUUAGUUCGAUGCGCAUUUGGUCGGAUUAAAGAGCGCGUCUUCACAACAACUGACCACAUUCUAUCAAUACAAGAAAGUUAUAAGGAAGGUUUAUUAGACAGCGUUAAGUCACUGAAAGAAUCAACGGAUAUUUUUGAAGCAGAUUAUGAUGAGAAAGGUCCAAUGGUUCCAGGCCUACCUCCUCAAGAAGCACUUGACAAACAAAUACAGUUUAAAAAUCGUUUCGACAAUCUCCUGAGAAAAAUUAUGACAGCAACAAAAGGUGAAUUACUGUUCGGGUUACCAGUAACUGAUUACAGUCGUGUACAACAGAUUGGCAAAGAACUUGAUCUUCUACAACGUCUUUAUGGUCUUUACAAUGAGGUGAAUCGUACAGUGUCUGGUUACUAUGAAAUUAUAUGGCAAGAAGUGGAUAUGGAGAAAAUUGGUAAUGAUUUACUAGAAUUUCAGAACAAGUGUAAACGACUACCCAAAGCACUAAAAGAAUGGCCAGCCUAUACAGACUUGGAAAAAACUAUCAACGAUUUCAACGAAAAAGUACCAUUAUUAGAAAUGAUGACGAAUAAGGCGAUGAAACCAAGACACUGGCAACGGUUGGCUGAUUUAACGAAUUAUAAUUUCAAUGUUGAAUCAGAAAGUUUCACAUUGAAGAAUAUGCUGGACGCACCAAUACUUGAUGUGAAAGACGAAGUUGAAGAUAUAUGUAUAUCAGCUGUACGUGAAAAAGAUAUUGAGGCAAAGCUGAAUAUGGUUAUCAGCGAUUGGGCUAAUCAAGAAUUAAAACUGGCCGCAUUUAAAACACGCGGGGAACUACUAUUAAAAGGUGAUCGUAUUGGAGAAAUUGUACCAUUGUUGGAGGAUUCAUUAAUGGUUCUAAGCUCCUUGAUGAGUAAUCGUUAUAACGCACCUUUUCGUAGUUCUAUACAAGAAUGGGUACAAAAACUAAGUACAACAAGCGAAGUGUUGGAAAUAUGGAUGCGUGUGCAAAAUUUAUGGGUGUAUUUGGAAGCUGUGUUUGUUGGCGGUGAUAUCGCAAAGCAGUUGCCGGCUGAAGCUAAGCGUUUCCAGGCUGUUGAUAAAACAUGGGUCAAGGUUAUGGAACGUGCGCGUGACACGCCUAACGUUAUAGCAUGCUGUGCAAGUGAUCAAUCAUUACAAGAACAAUUACCAAGAUUGUUAAGUCAACUGGAGUUAUGCCAGAAAUCACUGUCUGGUUACUUAGAGCGUAAACGACUACUAUUUCCGAGAUUCUUCUUUGUCUCCGAUCCAGUGCUAUUAGAAAUAUUAGGACAAGCAUCGGAUCCUCAUGCUAUCCAACAGCAUUUGCUCGCUAUAUUUGACAAUACAAAACGUGUACAAUUCGCAGAGAAAGCUUAUGAUAUUUUAGCAGCAUUUUCACAAGAGAAUGAAAAACUACCAAUGAGAAAGCCAGUCAAAUGUGAAGGACAUGUUGAACACUGGUUGAAUGUCCUACUACGCUUUAGUCAAGCAUCUCUACAUGAUUUAAUACGUAAAGCAUAUUAUGAAAUCAUUGAUCCUGGAGUUGACUUGACCGAAUUCUUUGAUAAUCAACUAGCCCAAAUCGGUUUAUUAGGCAUACAAAUUCUAUGGACAAGUGAUUCCACAGAUGCCUUGAAUAUGGCUAGAGAUGAUCCUAAAAUCAUGUCAAAGACAAAUAAGCAUUUCUUGGAAAUUUUAAAUAAAUUAAUUCAUGAAACAACGCGUGAUCUUAGUCAAACAAUGCGAACAAAAUAUGAAACAUUAAUCACUAUUCACGUACAUCAACGAGAUAUAUUCGACGAACUGUGUAAAUUGGGUAUACGUUCAUCUGUGGACUUUGAAUGGACGAAACAGACGCGUACAUAUUUUAUGGAAAAUGUCGAUAAGUGUGUAAUAUCAAUUACUGAUGUGGAUUUUGUUUAUCAAAACGAAUUUCUUGGUUGUACAGAACGCCUAGUAAUUACCCCAUUGACAGAUCGAUGUUAUAUAACACUGGCUCAAGCAUUAAAUAUGAACUUGGGUGGGGCACCAGCUGGUCCAGCUGGGACUGGAAAAACUGAAACUGUCAAGGAUAUGGGUCGAUGUUUAGGAAAGUAUGUUGUAGUGUUCAACUGUUCAGACCAAAUGGACUUUCGUGGGCUAGGAAGAAUUUUCAAAGGCUUAGCUCAAUCAGGUUCAUGGGGAUGCUUUGAUGAAUUUAAUCGAAUUGAAUUGCCUGUGUUAUCAGUUGCAGCACAACAAAUUGCUAUAAUUUUAUCAGCUAAACGUGAAGGCAAAACAUCAUUUAUAUUCUCUGAUGGUGACAAUGUCGACCUGAAUCCAGAAUUUGGACUUUUUCUAACAAUGAAUCCAGGCUAUGCUGGACGUCAAGAAUUACCGGAGAAUCUGAAGAUUAACUUCCGUUCCGUAUCAAUGAUGGUUCCUGAUAGACAGAUCAUUAUUCGAGUAAAGCUGGCUGCUUGUGGUUUCGUGCAAAAUAUAAUUCUAUCACGAAAAUUCUAUGUACUUUAUAAACUUUGUGAAGAACAGUUAACGAAACAGGUCCACUAUGAUUUCGGUUUGCGAAAUAUUUUGUCAGUACUUCGUACCCUUGGUGCCGCUAGACGAGCGAAUCCAGACGAUUCAGAGGACCGUUCUGUAAUGAGGUGUUUGCGUGAUAUGAAUCUGAGUAAAUUAGUCGAUCGUGAUGAACCAUUAUUUAUGUCGUUAAUCGAUGAUCUAUUCCCUGGCAUUAUAUUAGAUAAAGUUAGCUAUCCAGAACUGCAAGCUGCGAUAAGAAAUCAAGUCACCCAAAUGAAUUGUAUCAAUCAUCCAGCAUGGAAUUUAAAAGUGAUUCAACUGUUUGAAACCCAACGUGUACGCCAUGGUAUGAUGACACUAGGUCCUUCCGGUGCCGGCAAAACGUGCUGUAUUAAUACUUUAAUGCGUGCAAUGGGUGAGUGUGGUUCACCGCAUCGUGAAAUGCGUAUGAAUCCUAAAGCGAUAACAGCACCAGAAAUGUUCGGCAAGUUGGAUGUAGCUACAAAUGAUUGGACAGAUGGGAUUUUCUCAACUUUAUGGAGAAGAACAUUGAAAACCAAGAAGAAUGAAAAUGUCUGGCUUGUUCUUGAUGGUCCUGUAGAUGCAAUAUGGAUCGAGAAUUUGAACUCUGUCUUGGAUGAUAACAAAACACUAACGCUGGCUAAUGGUGACAGAAUUCCAAUGGCUCCAAAUUGUAAAAUUAUAUUUGAAGUGCAUAAUAUUGAUAAUGCAUCGCCAGCUACAGUCUCCAGGAAUGGUAUGGUGUUCAUGUCUAGUUCUGUGCUGGACUGGUCACCAAUAACAAAGGCAUGGUUAUUGAAAAGACCGGUAAGUGAAAGAGAAAAACUAUUCUCUCUGUUUGAGAAGUCUUUCCCACAAACUUAUCGUUAUGUGGUGCAAAGUUUAGUCAUGAAAAUGGAGUAUCAUGAAGCAUUUUUUGUUCGUCAGACAUGCUCUGUUCUGGAAGGACUGUUGCCAGGCGAUAUUCAAGGUAAUGACAAAAUGCUAAUGAACUGUUAUAUAUUCGCAAUUAUGUGGUCAUUUGGAGCCUUGCUAGAAUUGGACGACCGAAGUAAACUGCAAACAUUCUGGCAGAAUGAAUUAGGAUUGGAAUUACCAAAGCUACAGGACAAAAGUGAUACAAUCUUUGAGUACAGAGUUGACAGUGAAGGUAAAUGGAUUCAUUGGUCAAAUUAUAUCGAUAAUUACACCUACCCAACCGAUCAUACACCAGAAUUCGCUAGUAUCCUAGUACCGAAUGUUGACAAUGUACGCACAGAUUAUUUAAUUGAUAUAAUAGCCAAACAAGGGAAAGCUGUUCUGUUGAUCGGUGAAUCAGGUACAGCUAAAACAGUUAUGAUUAACAAAUAUAUGAGUAAAUUUAAUCCUGAAACGCAUGCAUCAAAAUCAAUCAGUUUUUCAUCAGCUACAACACCAGCUUUAUUUCAACGUACAAUAGAAAGUUUUGUUGAAAAACGUGUUGGUACAACUUAUGGUCCACCUGCUGGCAAGAAAAUGACUGUAUUCAUUGAUGACAUAAAUAUGCCAUUAAUUAAUGAAUGGGGUGAUCAGAUAGCCAAUGAAAUUGUUAGACAAACCAUGGAAAUGAAUGGCUUUUAUAGUUUAGAAAAACCUGGUGAUUUUACCAAUAUUGUUGAUGUACAGUUUAUUGCAGCCAUGAAUCAUCCCGGUGGUGGUCGUAAUGAUAUACCGGAAAGAUUGAAACGUCAGUUUUGUACAUUCAAUUGUACACUACCGAGUAAUAAAUCAAUUGAUACAAUAUUUCGAGUUAUCGGUGUUGGACACUUUUGUAAAGAACGUGGAUUUCUACCAAAUAUAACAGAAUUGAUUGACAAAUUAGUACCGUUAACUCGAACUAUCUGGCAGCAUACAAAGAAUAAACUGCUACCAACACCGUCUAAAUUUCAUUAUAUCUUUAAUUUAAGAGAUUUGAGUCGAAUAUGGCAAGGAAUGUUGUAUACAACAAGUGAGGUUUUCAAUAAUGAAGAAAGGAUCAUUUCGCUAUGGAAACACGAAAUGUUGCGAGUCUUGGCAGACCGAUUCACCACUAGUGAGGACACCGCUUGGUUUGAAAAAUAUGUUGGAAUUUUAUCCGCAGACUCUUUGCCGGAAAGACAACUGGCAUCUUUGGCUGAAGAAGCUUAUUUUGUGGAUUUCAUGCGCGAUGCACCAGAACUCACCGGUGAUGAACCUGAAGAUAUGGACAUCAGUGCACCGAAAAUUUAUGAACCAAUACCCAGUAUUGAAGCAUUACGUGAUAGACUUGGCUUUUUCAUGCGAACGAUGAAUGAAGUUGUUCGUGGAGCUAAUAUGGAUUUAGUGUUAUUCAAAGAUGCAACUACACAUUUAGUGAAAAUUUCAAGAAUUAUACGCUCACCUAGAGGUAAUGCAUUGCUUGUUGGUGUUGGUGGCUCUGGAAAACGCUCGCUAACUCGGUUAGCCUCAUUCAUAGCUGAAUAUUCAGUAUUUCAGAUCACAUUGACCAGGGCGUAUAGUGUGAUGAACCUUUUAGAAGACCUCAGAAGUCUUUAUCGUACAGCUGGAUUGAUGGGAAAAGGCGUAACAUUCAUAUUUACAGACUCUGAUGUGAAAGAUGAAGCCUUUUUGGAGUACAUAAAUAAUAUGCUUGCCUCUGGAAUGAUAUCGGGUUUAUUUCCACGUGAUGAAAUGGAUGAGAUUUUAGGCUCAUUAGUACCGAUCAUGAAGAAAGAAUUUCCAAAACGACCACCAGAAAAUGAAAUAUUAAAUGAAUAUUUUAUGUCACGUAUACGGAAAAAUCUACACAUUGUUUUGUGUUUUUCUCCAGUUGGUGAAAAAUUCCGUCAACGAUCAUUGUAUUUCCCUGGUUUAAUAUCCGGUUGUACAAUCGAUUGGUUCCAUCGUUGGCCACAGGAUGCUUUAUUAGCUGUCGCUGAAUACUUUCUCGGCAAUUAUGAAAUAUCAUGUUCACCAACAGUGAAAAAAAGUUUAAUCGGUUUAGUGGCUGAUGUACAUGAUGAUGUCGGGGUUAAGUGUAAGGCCUACUUUGAACGUUAUCGUCGUACAGCCAAUGUUACACCGAAAUCAUACAUUUCAUUUAUAGCCGGAUAUAUGAAAGUUUACCGUGAACAAGUCGACAGUGUCAAUAUACAAAUCAAUCGCCUCGGUUCAGGUUUACAAAAAUUGAUUGAAGCUCAAGAUUCUAUAGCUAAGCUAAGCGUAGAAUUAGCAAAUAAAGAAAAAGAAUUAGAAGUUGCUAAUCGUGAAGCUGAAAUUGUUCUCGCCAACGUGCUACAACAGACGCAAGCUGCUGAGGCGGUUAAAAGUAAAGUGGAAACAGUCAAAGAUAAGUGUUUAGCUAUUGUCCAGAGUAUUGAAGUUGAAAGAGCUAUUGCUGAAGAGAAACUGGAAGCAGCAAGACCAGCUUUAGAAGAAGCUGAAGAAGCAUUGAAUACUAUCAAACCGGGAGAUAUAUCUACAGUCAGGAAGUUGGCUAAACCACCACAUCUAAUUAUGCGUAUCAUGGAUUGUGUAUUACUCUUAUUUAAACGAAAAGUUGAUCCAGUUAAAAAGGAUCCAGAACGCGCUAACUGUAUCAAACCAUCAUGGGGCGAAUCACUGAAACUGUUGGCUGCAUCAAACUUUUUAAACAGUCUGUUAAACUUUCCAAGAGAUUUAAUCAAUGAAGAGACAGUCGACUUCAUUCAGCCCUAUCUGGAACAAGAUGAUUAUAAUUUAGAAACGGCAAAAAAAGUUUGUGGGAAUGUAGCUGGUCUGUGUUCAUGGACACUAGCUAUGGAGAAAUUCUAUUGGAUUAAUAAAGAAGUUAUCCCGUUGAAAGAUAAUCUAGCUAAAAUGGAAAAUAAGCUGGCUAGUGCUAAUAAAGAUUUAGCCAGAGUUGAAGGUAUUCUGGCCGAAAAAGUAGCUUUAUUAUCCGCUGUACGCGAACAAUAUGAAGAGGCAAUGAAACGUAAACAACAGUUGGCUGAUGAUGCUGAAACCUGUAGACGUCGUAUGGCUACAGCGACAACACUAAUCGAUGGGUUAUCCGGUGAAAAAGUUCGUUGGACUGAAGAAACGCGUACACUGAGUGAACAAGUAAAUAAACUCAUCGGUGAUUCUUUAGUCGGUACAGCAUUCUUGUCCUACAGUGGACCAUUUAAUCAAGAUUUUCGAAACAGGCUAUCGACUCAUUGGUUUCGAGAGCUUGCAGCACGACAAAUACCCUUUACAAUUAACUUGGAUGUUAUCAACAUGCUAACAGAAGGACCAGUAGUCAGUGAAUGGAAUCUAGAAGGCUUACCCAGUGAUGAUCUGUCCAUACAAAACGCCAUCAUAGUCACUUCUGCCUCCAGAUACCCACUACUGGUUGAUCCACAAUCACAAGGUAAAAAUUGGAUUAAACGGCAUGAAGCAGCCAAUAAUCUUAUGAUCACCAAACUAAAUCAUAAAUACUUUCGUACACAUUUGGAAGAUGCUCUGUCACAAGGAAGACCAUUAUUGAUUGAAGAUGUUGGCGAAGAUCUGGAUCCAUCCUUAGACGAAGUUUUAGAAAAAAACUUUCUAAAAUCUGGCACUGGAUUGAAGGUGAAAGUUGGUGAUAAAGAAGUUGACCUGCUUAAAGGAUUUACAUUGUAUAUUACGACAAAACUGCCGAAUCCACAAUAUCCACCGGAGAUAUCAGCACGUACUUCAAUUAUUGACUUUACAGUGACAUCACAGGGUUUAGAAGACCAACUGUUGGCACGUGUUAUUCAGACGGAAAAAGAGGAAUUGGAAGCUCAGAGAGUUCAGUUAAUCGAAAAUACGACUGCCAAUCGCAGAAGAAUAUUAGAACUUGAAAACAGUUUACUUCAACGAUUAGCCAAUACACAAGGUUCUUUAGUUGAUGAUCAAGGUCUUGUUGACGUAUUACAGGUCACUAAGACAACAUCACUUGAAGUUGCUCAACAAAUCGCUUUAGCCCAAGACACUGAAGCUGAAAUCACCUCAGCUAGAGAAGAAUUCCGUCCUGUUGCUGCACGCGGUUCUUUAUUAUACUUUUUACUUAGUGAAUUGGCUGGUGUAAAUCCAAUGUAUCAGACUGGUUUGCCAAGAUUUCUUAAACUUUUUGACAAAUCUAUGGCUUUCUCUGAACCGUGUCCUGUGACAUCAAGACGUGUGGCUAAUAUUAUCAACUAUAUGACACGUUCAGUCUGGGCAUUUUCUGUACGUGGUAUGUUUAAAAUGGACCGGCAGAUGACCACACUUAUGCUGGCUCUACGCAUUGAUUUACAAAGAAAAAAUAUUCGUCAAGAAGAGUUUGUGACAUUUAUUCAGGGUGGUUCAGCACUAGACCUGAAAAUGGCGCCACCGAAACCAGGAAGAUGGAUAACCGACAUGACUUGGCUUAAUUUAGUCGCAUUAUCUAAGCUAAACGAAUUUACAAAUAUUAUAUCACAAGUAAGCGGUUCUGAAAGACAAUGGCGUCAGUGGUUUGAUAAAGAAGCGCCUGAAGAAGAAGUUAUCCCAUGUGGUUAUGAUAAUACACUGGAUGUUUUUCGUCGCUUAUUGUUAAUUCGCUCAUGGUGUCCUGAUCGUGCAUUACAACAAGCCCGAAAGUAUAUUAUGCAUAAUUUGGGACAAGCGUUUUGUGAAGAAGUUGUCACCAAUUUAGAUGUCAUUUACGGAGAAUCUGACUGCCGAACACCUUUGGUCGGCUUGCUUAGCAUGGGUGCUGAUCCCACCCCACUUAUUGAACAAGCUGCACGACGUGCAAAGAUUGAAAUUAAUGCAGUUUCCAUGGGCCAAGGUCAGGAAAUACAUGCCAGAAGAUUGAUAAAGCAGGCUAUGGCCGAAGGAAGUUGGGUUCUGUUGCAAAAUUGUCAUCUGUGUUUGAAUUAUAUCGACGAGUUAUUCCUUCUUCUGUCUGGUGAAGGCUCAGGAGGCGUUAGUGGCGGUAGUGGUGGUGGAAGCGGUGGAGGGCCAAGUGGUCAAGCUGCAGCAACUGGUGGAGAAACAGCUGAGGGUGCUGGUGCAGGUAAUGCGCCAACAACCGGAGGCACUGGAGCUGCAGGUGGAGAAGGUCAAGGAACUGGUACACCUGGAGGCUUCCAUGAUAAGUUUCGCCUUUGGGUAACCACAGAAGAACAUAAAAGAUUUUCCAUAAACUUUCUUCAAGCGGCUAUAAAGUUUACAAAUGAACCACCCGAAGGUAUAAAAGCGAAUUUAUGGCGAACUUACGCGGAUGUUACUCAGGAUUUCUUAGACACAUGCGUAACAUUCCAUUGGAAAGUAAUGCUGUAUGCAUUAGCCUACCUGCAUUGUACAGCACAAGAAAGACGAAAAUUUGGUCCAUUGGGUUGGAGCAUCCCCUAUGAGUUUAAUCAGUCUGAUUUCAAUGCAAGUGUUCAGUUUAUACAGAAUCAUUUGGACAGUAUAGAGUUCAAAAAAGCGCAGAAAAUAAGUGGAAUUGACUGGAAGUGUGUUCGUUAUAUGAUUGGUGAAAUACAGUACGGUGGUCGAGUUACAGAUGACUUUGACCUGCGUCUAUUGAUUACGCUGACACGCACCUAUUUUCAAGAACGCAUGUUCUCUCCAGAAUUCGAGCUAACGGCCAAUUAUCCUAUCCCACGAUUUGCUACACCCAGUGAAUACCUAUACUAUAUAACCAAUGAUUUGCCACAAAGAGACAGUCCAGAAGCUUUAGGUCUACAUCCGAACGCUGAAAUCACUUACUCCUCACAGACAACAAGUUAUAUACUAUCGACUAUUCUAUCUAUCCAACCGAAAGAAGCAUCAAGCGACUCCAGUGAUACAGACAGUGGCACAGGUGGGAAAUCAGUUGCCGCCGUUGUCGAGACACGUGAGGCAGUUGUUCACCGACUGUGUACAGAUAUGCUGACAAAGCUGCCACCACCAUAUGUGAAAUUUCGUGUAGCUGAACAAAUCGAAGCAUUAGGUUCGCUGAAACCAAUGACAAUAUUUUUAAGACAAGAAGUUGAUCGAAUUAAUAAAGUGAUUUUAUUAGUUGGAAGUAUAUUAACUGAUUUGAAAUUGGCUAUUGACGGAACUGUUGUUAUGAAUGAUACACUGAAAGAUGCUUUGGACUGUAUUUUUGAUGCACGUGUACCGAAUGUAUGGACUCGGAGUUCUUGGGAUUCGUCAACUUUAGGCUUUUGGUUCACGGAAUUAGUUGAACGGAAUACACAGUUCAGUAAUUGGCUAGAAAAUGGUCGACCAGUUUGUUUCUGGAUGACAGGAUUCUUUAAUCCUCAGGGAUUCUUAACCGCUAUGCGUCAAGAGAUCAGUCGUAUGCAUGAAGGUUGGUCGCUGGACAGUGUUGUAUUAGCCAGUAAAAUGACACGAUCGAAUGCAGAAGACUUGAAAGAACCACCUCCGGAAGGCGGUGUCUAUGUUUAUGGUUUGUACUUGGAAGGUGCAGCCUGGGAUAGGCGGACAUCACGUCUAGUCGAGGCGAAAUCGAAAAUUCUUUAUGAUCCAAUGUCUGUUAUUAAUAUUUUCGCUGUACAAGAGACUACUGCGCCCAAACGUCAAGGUGGUGGUGGUGGUGGCGGUGGCGGUGAAGCCAAAGGGGAUAUGCCGAAACAAGUUUAUUCAUGCCCUAUUUACCGUAAACCACGACGUACUGAUUUAACCUACGUCGCCAGUGUGGAUUUAGGCUGUACAAAGACAUCAGAUCAUUGGGUUCUUAGAGGUGUUGCAAUUCUAUGCGAUAUUAAGUAA